AUGCUCGUUGGGGCCUUCAAGGCCUCGCGGGUCGACGACGCGAACUUUUGUCUCGCCACCGCCGACGCGGCGACGCAGGCAGAUCUGUUCCGACGCAGGCGCCCGAGUCGCGGCGACGGGACACCCGCCGACGCCUCGAGCGAGAUCCCAGAGCGCGCGGAGGCGGAUCCCCAGGCGAGAAGCCCGAAGAGCUUCUUUCCGGUCGGCGGCAAAACUGCGGUUCGCGGGAUCGCUCGCCUCGAGCGCCUCCCUCCCGGAGCCCAAAGGCGACCGAGCGGAGACAGUGGACGCGCUCAGGCGGGAAGCGAGUGGCAUCCGAGCGGCGAGCUCCGCACGAGCGUCGCCGAGGACCAAACCAUCGCUGUCUCGCGUGUGGCGGGUCCAGCGACGAAGGGGCCGGCCGGCAGGCGCCAGGCGAUCGCGCGCGCCGACAGCGAAGAGAGCCCCGCGGGCGUCGCAGCUCGCGAGCGCCCGGGCAGUGCGUUGCGCAGCGAAAUGGUCAAGAAGAUAGAGGCGAGUGAAGAAGAGGAACGGCGAAAAGACGAGAGAGAACUGGAUCUGCUCCGUUCCACCAUUCCGAAGCUGUUGGGGAGGCAACAGUACAGCGACGCCGAGGCGCUGCUCGACUACUACCUGGACGCGUUUCCGAGCCAGGCCGACCUGUACAUUCUCGCAGCAGACGUGAGUCUCGAGCAGAAAAAGUUCACCAAGGCAAUCGAGUUCUACUGGGGCGCGCUGUUUUGCGUGCCCGAGAACCGGAUGCUGGUUCGGUCUCUGAGGGCGGCCGAGGAGGAGCGCCUCGCAGAAGUGACGUGCAUUCCCCACCUGUACAAAGCUGCGCUCUUCGACUCGGCGCGAUUCGCCUCCUGCCACACGACCGCCAGGCCGUACGGAGCCGGCGACACGUACUUCUCGCGUGCGCGCGCGUCGGAUCCGCAAGCGCUGAGCUCCUGCUCAGCGCUUGCGGAUCCGACGCCGCAGGCGCUCGCCGCCGAGAUUGGCCGCUGCGGCGCUCUCCAGCGCCCGCCGUUCAUCGUCGUCAAGCAGGCGGAGCAAACGCUGUGCAUUGCGGAAGUGGCGAUUGAGCCCGGUCAGCUCGUCUUCCGCGAACUGCCGUACGUCUGCACGCCUCUGACUCUCGAGGAAGGCGGCCAGAUCUUCACGACCUGCUUCCACUGUCUCCGCGAACGGCCGGUUUCCGACCGGGGCUUCUCCUGCCCUGUCUCGCCCCACGCCUGUCCCUUCGUCUUCUGCUCCUGGGACUGUCUGAUGCACAACGUCCGGGUCCACUCGCGCGAGUGCGCGCUGCUGCCGAUGAUCAUGGCGGCCGCCCGCGAGGCAGACCUGAGCGUCACAGUCGUCCUCCACGUCUGCCGCGUGCUCCUGCGCGCGGGGCUAGAGCGGGAAAUCGUCCGACCCGAGAAAGACACCCUGUUCGACGUGCUCGGCGAGCUGCAGUCGCACGAGGCGAGCGUCCAGAUCGGCCAGCCCGAGCUGUACAGGAAGGUGACCACGCUGGCGCGACGCCUCGAGAAAGACUUCCCCCCGGGUUUCUACUGCUUCCUCCAGCACCGCGAACUGCGGCGCCUCACGCUCCUCGUCAGCCAGUACUCGCCGUUUGUGCGGAGCACGUCGCCCUCCGCGGCGGUGCAGCGCAGAGACCCGGACGCGAGCGUCGGCCUCGUCUUCUCGCGCGGCCUCGCGAACUUCCAGCACAGCUGCGUGCCCACCUGCACGUACAACCUCGACGAAGACGGCUACGUCUCCGUCCGGGCGCUCUGCCACAUCCCCGUCGGCGGGCGUCUCUGCAUCUCAAUGGUCGAGGACCUCUUCGCGCCGACCGUCGCUCGAAAGGGACUCGACGCCCUCCCGCGGGUUUUCGGCUGCGGCUGCGUGCGCUGCUCGGACCCCACCGAGGGCGGCCGCAUGCUCAGAGGCGUCCGGUGCGGGGUCUGUCUCCGCGGCUACUGCGCGCCGUUCAAGUCGCCGGCGCUCCAGAAGCGCCUGGUCGCGUACGGCGUCGGCGGCGCCCAAGUCGCGAGGAAAAUCGCUCUGCUGGAGAGCGCGUUCGAGAAGCCCAAGGCGCGGCGCAAGAGUUCGACUCUCGACGACGACACCGACGGCUCAGAAGAGGAGCGGUGGCAGUGCGCGGCGUGCGGCAACGCCUCGGAUCUGCUCGCGGUGCAGUGCGACACGAUCGAGCGCGAAGUCGCGCAGCUCGCCAAGAAGGCUGAGAGACGCCUCGUGAAGGGCGAGACGCUGCCUGCGCGGAAGAUCUACGUGGACAUCAUUCGGCGCUUCAGCUCGCGCCUCCACCCGAACAACUUUAUGCUCUACAACGCACAAGUGAUCGCCGCGGGUCUUCUCUUCCGGAACCCCGGGCAAGACGUCCCGCAGGCCCUCGUGUGCAUCCGCCGCGCCGUGAUCGCCGCCGAGGCCGUCUUGCCGAUCUGCCACCGGGAGAAGAUCCACUUGUACAACCAGCUGGCGCAGAUCAGCUUCGCGGCCUCGAUGGUGGACAAGCUGUCGAGACGCGGCGUGGGGCUCCCGGGCGGCUUCAUCCUCGAGCCCAUGUACGCGUCGCUCUGGAACGCGGUCGUCUGCUGCGGGCCGAGAAGCGUCCUCGCCCUCACGGCCUUGCAGCAACUCCGCAUGUACGCAGCCGCGCUGAACGUCGCCACGCCGCCCGCGGUCGUCUCCUACAAACUCCCCACCGUCGGCGUCAUCUUCAGCUACUUCCGGCACGUGCUGGGGCGGCACACGGACAGCGACAAGACUCUCCGCCGUCUUGUCGAAAAGGACCCGUUCCGUCUGGCAACCGCGAUUGCGCGCCUAGGCCUCCACUGCCUCAUGUCGCUCGAAAUCCUUUCUGCGUUCAACGACGUGCACCACCUGGCGACGGGUCUCUCCAUCAUGGCGAUUGCGGCGUCUCAGUCGCGCUUGCCGCUCGUCCGAAAGCUGCUUGACGCAGGAUUUGAUUUUCUUCGCGGAAACGAACUGGGCGUGACGCCCCUCGUCGCGAUGGCAGCGAUGCCGCUGCCGCAAGGGGUGCGCCCGGCGGCGGGAAGCGCAAAAGGCUUGGACGUCGAAGGCCGCUCCAGCGAGCAGAGGGCCGCGGAUCGGAUAGACAGGAGCGGGUCCGGCCGGACCCGAGACAGCGGCCGCGGCGACGCGGAAACGGACGGGAUCUACAUGCGUUCUGAAGAGGCAGACCGAGCAGACAGAGACCAGGCCGAAAUUCUCCGGCUGUUUAUGCAGGAGUGUUCGCGGCGAGACGCGCGCGGGAAAGCCUCGACGACGAAAGAGCAGUUCAUGCUCGCGUGCACGCACCGCAUCCUGGGGCUGAACGGACCCCUCCACUUUGCAGCAGCCAGGGGGAAGACAGAGCUGUGCCGCCAGCUGAUUCGCAGUGGCUGGAGCGUGAACAAAAUGAACGGCGAAGGCGCCGUGCCCCUCCACCUGGCCUGUGCAAGUGGAGACGUGCAGACGGUCCUCGAGCUGCUCUCACCGCGGAUCCCCCGCGUUUACGCGAACGCUGGAGAGGACGGAAAGACCGAGGGGAGCGCGGCGCUCGGAACUGCCUGCGGGACCGAUGUAAACGUGAAAACGGAGCGGGGAGAGACGCCACUGAUGCUCGCGGCGUACGCCCUUCAGCGAGAUAUGGUCCAGCUCCUGUUGGACCGGGGCGCAGACCCCAACAUGGUAGGCGACAGAGAGAAGAUGACAGUCUUGCAUGCGCUAGCCACGGGGGUCUGUCGAACCGUCGAGGUCCAGUUUGAGCCUCUCGAUCCGCGCCAAGACCUCGCAGCGAAUGUCGUCAUGGGCUUCAACCUCUCGAGCUUAGCUGCCAACGUUUACAACAAGGGUGCGGGGUACUUACACGUCACGGACCGCGUAGAGGACCGGAUUCCGGUCGUCUCGCGCCUGGCACCGGAUCUCUUGAUCUUUCCGCGAGAGAUCUUGCGGCGCCUGACAGAGGCGAACCACAUUGGCGAAAUCCUGCUUCGCCACUGCAACCCGCAACUCUUUGUGCGCAAGACGAAGAAGGGGUACACUCCAGCAGAGCUUCUCGCACACCUCUGGGAGAGAUUCUUCCAGAUACGAAACGCCGUCGCCAAACAGUCCGAGCUCCGCUUGGCAGCGGCCAGCCAGCAGGAGCGCCAAGAUAUCGAGACGGGUUGGAAGGUCGCCGGCCAGCUCGCGUUCCGCCUCGUCGAACUCCUUCGUGCCGGGGGCGCGAAAGUGGAGGACGUCCGCAGGCCGGAAGACAUGACGCCUCGGCAACACGACCUUCAAGAGAGACGGCGAAGACAGCUCCAGAGAGAUGCGCCUUGGUUGAGGGCCGAGGAACUGCUUAGAGGUCGGCAGGCUCCUCUGCCCGCGACUGCGCAGCCGAGCGCCGAGGCGAGCGAAGAUAAACUGGCGGAGGUGCCCAAGACAGGAGACGCCGGAAAGGCUCCAGUGGCCGGAAAGGAGCCUCCUUCCCCUCCUCAGGCAAAGACAGAGCCGGCGGAAUCGGGAGAGAAGAAAGGCCCGCCUCCGCCGCCUUUAGGAGAGAAGAAGGGCCCACCUCCGCCGCCUUUAGGAGAGAAGAAGGGCCCACCUCCGCCGCCUUUAGGAGAGAAGAAAGGCCCGCCUUUCGGGCAGAAGAAAGCUCCGUUGUUGCUGGGAAAGAAGAAAGGUUUACCACCUCCAAAGAAGUAG